CGACCAGGCCCCGCUCACGCCGCUGUCCGCGCGCUCCCGGCGCUGCCCAGUACCUGCUCGGGCGUCGGCGCUCCGCUGCCCCGCUGCCCUCGGGCGCCUUGGGAGCGCCCCUCCUCUGAGGUGCCAUUGGCCAGGCCGCCGCGGAGCCGGGUCGAACGCGGGAUCCGCCGCGAGCCCGGGACGAGCGCCGCGAGAGGUAGCGCGAGACCAGCGCAGCCGGGGACGCGGAGCGACGCGUUCCGCCGUCGACCUCCGGUCUGGUGGCCAGGCCUGAGCAAUCGGAGGCCGAGCGCCGAGCGGGGCGGAACGGGGACCCGUGCGCAUCCGCGGCGCACCCGCCCUUGCCUGCCCCCUCCUCCUCCCGUGCCUUCCGCGGAACCCGACGAGCCUCCAAGCCUUCGUCUGAAGUGUGUCCUCGCUCCGCCGUGCGUGCUCUCCCGGAGUCUCCAAGCCCACCUCCCGGGGAUAUCCAAGUCCUCCUCCCGGGGCUCUCCAAGCCCUUUCCCCCCACCCCGGGGUCUCUCCGAGUCCUCCUCCCAGGGACUCCGCACCCUCUUCUGUGGGGUUUCCACGCCUCUCUCCCCCGGCCCAUGCCACACCGGAGGGCACUGGGUCCAGUUGGUGCUCAGUACACAUGUAUCCGUUAGGCCCUGCUGCUUUGUUUACAACAUUCAAUUUCCCUAGAGAACCUUACGUCCAGUGGGCAAGAAGAUCUUAACCAGCCCUGUGGAGAUACCUGAUUCUGAAAGAGAGGAAUUAGCAGUGAGGUUCAUUCAUGAGGAUUAAGUCUGAAGAAGAUUUUGCAGCAACUUACAUUGGUAAACAACUCUGAAUGUGUCUGAUGCAGGAAGAAGUGCCCAGACAAGAGGUUUUUUUUGUCGCAUGACUUCACAAAAAAUAGUAUGAUGUCGGGUUCCUCACCAUUUAAGAUGCGACUAGUUCAUCUGGACCUGAAAGGAGCCCCACCGAGGGUCUGCUACCUCUCGGAGCAGACAGCAACCACAAUAGGAAAAGGAAAAACAGAAAGGACAAAAGAAGCACACAACCUCUUCAUUGUGAGCCGAAUCGUGUUUCCCAAAAAGAUAUUCCCCCUGUUCCGUGCCCUGGGUGCAAACGGCCUCCUCAUCGAGUAUGAAGACAUGUUUCCCUACGAGGGCCACCUGAGGCUGCUGAGGGCCAAGCACGCAUACAGCCCCUCCGAAAUCAAAGAGAUCCUGCAUCUGGCCACACUGAAUGAGCUGGAGGUCAUUCCCUUGGUGCAGACAUUUGGGCACAUGGAGUUUGUGCUAAAGCAUGAGGCUCUCGCUCACCUCCGGGAAGUGGCACUUUUCCCCAACACCCUGAAUCCCCACAAGGCGGAGUCCCUGGCACUGGUUGGAGCCAUGAUUGACCAGGUGAUGGCACUGCACCCGGGCGCCCGGUGGCUCCACAUCGGCUGUGACGAGGUCUACUACCUCGGAGAGGGUGAGGACUCAAGACAGUGGCUGCAGCAGGAGCCCAACACCAGAGCAGAGCUGUGUCUGUCCUACAUGGAGGCGGUGGCCAGCCACGUGCAGGCCCAGCACCCCACCACGACGCCCCUGGUGUGGGACGACAUGCUGCGGGACAUCCCCGAGGACCAGCUCUCAGCAUCGAGGGUGCCGCAGCUGGUGGAGCCUGUGCUCUGGGACUAUGGGGCCGACCUGGACGUCCACAGCAAGGCGCUCCUCAUGGAGAAAUACCGGAAGAGCGGCUUCUCCUGGCUCUGGGCCGCCAGUGCCUUCAAGGGAGCCACGGGGGCAAGCCAGGCCCUGACCCCCAUCGAGCACCACCUCAGAAACCACGUGCAGUGGCUGCAGGUGGCGGGCAGUGUGCCAGCGGACACGCUGCAGGGCAUCGUCCUGACUGGCUGGCAGAGGUAUGACCACUUCUCUGUGCUGUGCGAGCUGCUGCCCGUGGGAAUCCCGUCCCUGGCUGUCUGUCUGCAGGUGCUUCUACAUGGAGGCUUUGCCGAAAACGUUAAAGCAAGAGUGGAGAACUUUCUUGGGACUUCGAGCUUGGAAGCAACGGAUUUCAGGAGUGAGAGGGCCGGCUCCUUCCCUGGCAGCGACAUCUUGAACCUCAUCACACAAGUCAGCCUCCAUCUGUGCAGCUCUGUGGAUGCGCUGCUGGAGAGGGACAGGUAUGUGACCGGCUGGUUCAGCCCCUACCAUCGCAGACGGAAGUUCAUCCACCCCGUCAUGAUCCAGCACAUCCAGCCCCAGGCACUCAGUCUCCUGGCCAGGUGGAGCGUUCUCGUGGGGGAGCUGGAGGCUGCCCUGCAGCGUGUCUUCUACCCAGACGCGGUGGAGGAGUGGCUGGAGGAGAACGUGCGCCCCAGCCUGCGGCGGCUGCAGGCUCUGCUGCAGGAUUUGGGUGAGGCAGCCGGCGCCAGGCCUGACUCGGGUCAGGACCCCUGAGGGGAGGGGGCCAAGCUCAGGCUGUCGGCCUCCCUGCACCCCCAUCCAGCUGCACCCAGCCCCACGUGCGCCUCCUGAGCCCUGGGCAGCCAUGCCAGCAGACAGCGCCCACAGAAACAAGAGUAAACAUGGAAGGAAAAGACACUCUGGGCCUAUGCAGUGAUCAGCAUUAGAACUUUAAUUCUUUCAAAAUAAAAAGGAGAGUGGAAGCCAGAAA